AUGGAGAAGUCAGAUGAGCGUGUGAAGGUUGUACUCCUUGCCACAGGGUCUUUUAAUCCUAUCACUGUGAUGCACCUGCGACUGUUUGAAAUGGCACGUGACUACUUGCAUGGGACUGGGAAAUAUAAGGUUGUAAAAGGUAUCAUCUCUCCAGUGAGUGAUGGGUAUAAGAAAAAAGGGCUUGUAGAAGGUUCUCACCGCCUAGCCAUGGCCCAACUGGCUACUGAGACUUCGGACUGGAUAGAAGUAGACCCCUGGGAGUGUACCAAGAAGGAGUGGACAGAGACAGUGCUAGUUUUAAGACAUUACCAGCAGCAGCUGAAAUGUACAGAUAAUGGGGAAAUCCAGAAGAAAGCUGGGUGCAGGAAGGGUCAAAAGAGGAAGAGAAAUGAUGUCUGCCAAGACAUCCCAGACUAUAACUGUCCAGAGAGUGAAGUCCCUACUCAGGUUAAAUUUCUCUGUGGAGCUGACCUCCUUGAAUCUUUUGGGGACUGGAACCUUUGGAAACCUGAACAUGUUGAAGAAAUUGUGUCAUCUUUUGGUCUGGUCUGUGAAUCCAGGAAGGGGAGUGACGCUCACAAGUUCGUCUAUAAAUCUGAUGUUCUCUGGAAGCACAGGAACAAUAUCUAUCUGGUGGAAGAGUGGAUUACCCAUGACAUCUCUGCUACGAAAAUCCGAAGAGCCCUAAGGAGGGGUAUGAGUGUGCAAUAUCUGGUGCCAGAUCCUGUCCUAGAUUACAUCAAGAAACAUGACUUGUACAAUGAGGAGAGUGAAAAGAAGAACUCAGUCUUCAUCCUAGAACCUUUAUUGAAGUACUCCAAGAACCCUUCAAGUAAUGAUAGACCCAUUGCAACUUCUUCACUGCUUGAAUUUUAA